UGCAGUGGUUGUCGCACGAUGCAGACGAUAGAGUAUCGGGGCAGUGGUAACAUUCACCGAUAACGUGUUUCUUUGAUGUUCUGCGAAAAAUAAACAUUCAAGGAUGUUUUGACAUUUGACCCUUUAUGUUUUCAUUUGCUUUGCCGGGAGGUCAGAAGAAGGUCUUUGUGAGAGCAUGGAUGUAAUUACUUCUGGCAGAGAAAGAUGCUCAUAAAAGAGUAUCGCAUUCCACUGCCCCUCACUGUCGAGGAGUACAGAAUCGCCCAGCUGUAUAUGAUAGCUAAAAAAAGCCGUCAAGAAAGCAAAGGAGCUGGUAGCGGUGUUGAAAUUCUUGUUAAUGAACCUUACACUGACGGUCCUGGUGGCAGUGGACAAUAUACUCAUAAAGUUUAUCAUAUUGGUAGUCACCUCCCAAGUUGGUUCAAAGCACUGUUGCCAAAGUCUGCAUUAACAGCCGAAGAAGAAGCCUGGAAUGCUUAUCCUUACACCAAAACUCGAUAUACAUCACCAUUUGUCGAAAAGUUCUUCAUUGAAAUAGAAACGAAGUAUAUUGAUGAUGCAGGCACGCAGGACAACGUGUUUAAUCUAUCUGGAAGUGAAGUGCGAAAUAGGACUGUUGACCUGAUAGAUGUUGUGAAGGAUCAGCUAUAUGGAUCCGAUUACUGUCAAGAAGAAGAUCCUAAACUUUUCACCUCAUCCAAAACAAACCGAGGACCUCUGAAAGAUGAUUGGCUUGAUGAAUAUCGUACUAAUUCAGGCAAGCCAAUCAUGUGCGCUUACAAGGUUUGCCGAGUCGAAUUUCGAUAUUGGGGAAUGCAAACGAAGAUUGAGAAAUUUAUACAUGAUGUUGCUUUACGAAAAACAAUGCUUCGUGCCCAUAGACAGGCAUGGGCAUGGCAGGACGAGUGGCAUGGACUUACUAUGGAAGAUAUAAGAAGACUCGAGAGAGAAACCCAGGAGGAGCUUGCCAAAAAGAUGAGCAAUGAAGAAGAGGUUCAACCUUCAGUGCAUCCUAGUCCAUCUGCUCUCUCUGGACAAGAAGUGGAUUUGACAGCUAUUGAUAAAGAUAAAGACAAUGAUACUUGUGUGUGUUUGGAAGGUAGUCCUUCUCCGAAUAGAUCUAGAAGGUUAAGGAAUUUGUCUGUUGCAAAUGUUGGUGGUGAAACGGGGGUAGACGAUGGGAGACAAAAACUGUGGUCAAGAAGUGGUUCCAGGACUGCUUUGUGCUCUCCUAGCGGUAGCUCAAAUGCCAGUUUUGACCUUCAGCUUGCUAACUGGAGGAUGGAAAGUAUUGUAAGAGAUUCAGACACAAGUUCAGAUGAGGAAUAUUUUGAUGCUGAAGAAGCCCUUACCUUAGCACGUUGGAGCUCUGUGGAUUUGAUUCCUGAUAAAGAUGAUGAUGAUCAGAAUGCACCUGAACCACCUGAUUUUAGGGAUGAUAGUAUAUUUUCUAACUCCUUUAUCAAGAAAGUACAGUCAGAACAUGCUAGCGUACGACCCCCAAGUGUCGGUUCUGCAUGCCCUGCCACUCGUACCAGCUUGGAUACCUCCCUUCCCUCUACCCCCACUGCCUCACCUGCUCAUCAAUCUUCGUGCACUACUACUGUCUUAGCUUUGGUCAUGCAUGCUGGCAGUGUUUUGGAUUCUGGUGCUGAACCUACUGCAAAUAAGAAAACUGAUGUUAACACAUUUGCCACCUCUUUCGAGACUGUUAUGAGACAGCACUAUCCUGCUCUACUUGGACAUUUGAGUGUUCGUCUUGUAUCUUGUGCUCCUGUAUGCUCUGAAGCUCUUGCUGUCUUAUCCAACUUAAGCCCCUACAGUUUUCAAUCAUCUCCUUCAGCAGUUGAAGUAAUAUACCAUUCAUAUGAUUCAAUACCACUGGGUGCACUUCCGUUAUUUGCCAUAUCUUCUCCUGAGUAUCAAGAGCAUGUUACAGCUGUAAUCACUGCUGCUAAUGAAGUUUAUAAGGAAUUUUUGAAUUCAGAUGAUGGAAUGGGAUUCAGUGGACAAGUUAUAAUUGUGGCUGACAGUGUAGCUUCUCUUAUGGCAUAUGAUGCAUUGUGUCGUACUGCACGCUAUGAGGGACGGUAUGGAAGUGAAACUAGCAUCAAUGAUCCUGAGGCUGUUCAGACUCAACCGUCAGCAGCUCGCAGUAAUCCUCUAAUAUCAAUUAGUGAUGGUGGCUCGAUUGAUGAGGGUGUAUCAAUGGAAACGAGGCCACGACAAAGCAACCAAAAUGCAAAAAUAUAUCGAAAAUCCCAUUCUCAUCCCCAGGAAUCGGAACCACCCCAUUGUGAUAGUUUUCAAGUCAAUCGAUUGUUAUCAGCACCAAAUACUAGACGCCAUAGCUCUGCUUCUAAUGAUCAAAGUUCUCAUCUCAAGUUUGAUUUUGAAGUGAGUGACUUUUUCAUGUUUGGAAGUCCUCUAGGUACAGUUCUUGCAUACAGGAAAAUGUUGGCUUUCGAUGAUAAAAACAGCCCUCCUCCUCGACCGUCCUGCACUCAAGUAUACAACUUAUUCCACCCAACAAAUCCAUGUGCGUCUCGUGUUGAACCUUUACUUAGUGCUCGCUUUGCCCAGUUAUCACCUAUAAACAUUCCUAGAUAUCAAAAAUACCCUCUUGGUGAUGGACAACCAUUACAUCUUCUGGAGUACAUUCAAACCUAUCCUCAUCUGUUCACGGAAAAUCAGCCUAUGCGUAGAACUAGUGAAGCAAGUAUUGUUAGCACAAUGUCUGGUAUGGUGGACAUGGUACCCAUAACUACAGUUACAUCAUUGACUCAGAAGUGGUGGGGCCUGAAACGAAUAGAUUAUGCUCUUUACUGCCCAGAAGGUCUGUCAAACUUCCCUACAAAUGCUCUUCCUCAUUUAUUUCAUGCAAGUUACUGGGAGUCAAAUGAUGUUAUUGCUUUCAUUUUGAGACAGUUGAUGCGCUCAGAUAGUUUAGGAAUCCCUGGUGAUACUGAAAAAGAAGCUGCUACAUUUAUUCCUACUCAACCCAGAGAAAAGUGGCUGAAGAAAAGGACAUCAGUUAAAUUAAAGAAUGUCACAGCGAAUCAUCGUGCUAACGAUAUUAUAGUCAAAGAUGGGGCACCUCAAGUAAUAUCAGCUCGCUUUAUGUAUGGCCCUCUAGAUAUGGUAGCUCUUACUGGUGAAAAGGUUGACAUUCAUAUUAUGAAAGAUCAAAGGCGUGGUGAAUGGACAUACUUAGCAACAGAAGUAACUGAUAAGAAUGGCAGAUUAUCUUAUGUUAUCCCAAAAGAAAAGGCUUUGGGCUAUGGUAUGUUCCCUGUCAAACUAGUUGUCUGUGGGGAUCAUACAUCUUUGGAUUUCUUCCUGUGUGUCAUUCCUCCCAAAACAGAAUGUGUGGUAUUCAGUAUUGAUGGUUCUUUCACUGCUAGUGUAUCUGUUACUGGCAAAGAUCCCAAAGUUAGGGCGGGAGCUGUUGAUGUUGUAAGGCAUUGGCAAGACCUUGGCUAUUUGAUUAUAUACAUUACUGGACGACCUGACAUGCAACAGCGCCGAGUGAUGUCCUGGCUAUCCCAGCAUAACUUUCCUUUAGGUUUAGUUUAUUUCGCAGAUGGAAUUUCUACAGACCCUCUCAGACAUAAAGCUGAAUACCUUCGACGACUACAGAAUGAAGCUGAAGUUGUGUUCCAUUGUGGCUAUGGAUCAAGUAAAGACAUUUCUGUAUAUUCAUCAAUUGGUCUGAAACCAGAGCAAAUAUAUGUGGUAGGAAAAGCUUCAAAAAAGCAGCAUUUAGCAGCUAAGGUUCUAUCGGAUGGAUAUGCUGCCCACCUCUCCGAUUUAAAAGCCCCUGGUGUAUCAAGACCGGCACAAGGCAAUGCUCGAAUGAUCCUGUUCCGUGGCUGUUUCGGAUUGCCUGGUCAGACUGGUUCUACAAUAAGGCAGCGGCGGUCUGCUAAGAGAACAACAUCGUUUCCACUCUCUGGCCAAAGCCAAGAACUUCGAUCUGCCAUAGAUAAAGCUGCUGAGGUGAACAGGGCUUCAGAAGGGUCAAGGCAAUAACCAUUUUCCGAAUAUCUAUGUAUAAAAAAAGUAUUUCACCACAGUGCAAAACUUUGUACACAUCUAUUUCUCACUUCAUCCUUACAUUGACUAUGUGUAAUUCUUUUCUUAGAUGUAUAUGAAGUUAAAAAAAAAAAAAAAAAAGGUUAACACUAGACAAGCAAUCCAUAAUUCACAUUUCCUUAAUAGGGUCCUCAAACUAUUUCAUUUGCAUAUAAGUUUGCCUCCAUUAUCACCUAGUCACUUAUAUACCUACAGUAGUAGUCAACUGUAUCUCAUAAUUGUAAAUACCGAUGUAUAAAAUUUGUAAAUAUGUGCUUGUAAUGAGAAUGUUGGCAUGUGUUGAUCAAUAUUUCUUCUUUAAGACCAAAAAUGUAUUUAUUUAUUAAAGAGUAUAGACACAUCAUUCAUUACUCAUCAGCUUCUAUGUAAUACACUUGCUACUCUUUUAUACUGAGAAAUACAUUGUAGCAUAUUUUUGUCUAGACACAUUUUCGAUCCAAAUCAAAUCAGCAACUGCUCAGCUUUUUUUCCAUGCAAAAAAAAAAAAAAAAAAAAAACACUGGAAUGCUGUAAUAUGAUGGAAAAAAUAAGUUUCAUCUGCGACUGAUUGAUCCUAUUUUUCUCACAUACUUAAUUUAAAUGCAAAACAUUUUUCAUCAACAGAUGAAAAUUUAUUUAGGCAACAUGAAAUCUAAUGGAAUUAUUGAAACAUGCAAUACACUCUAUGGCACUUUUGCACUUAUAAUUGAAAUCUUUUUAUAUUGUCAACCAGAUGUUGUGAUGUCCUAUUCUUACUGUAUCGUGUAGUUAGUGUUUCCAUUUUACCGCCUGUGUUUGUUAAGAAGCAAUUUCCUGUACUACUAAAAAUAUAUGCAACAAAGAGCAAUUUCACUAGUCAAUGUGUUCCUGGUUGUAUAAAAAUAAGCUGUAAUAUAUAUCUAGUGGACUGUUAUGUUGAACAUGGUGUUGAUAUCUAAUUGUUGAGAUAUUUUAUGUAAAAAUUAAUCCUGUUAAAUGGAUGCAAAGGAUUUUUGAAAAUAUAUAUAUUUGUUAACUUCAAAAUAGAGAAUAAUAUCACAUAUAAUUAUCUGCAUUUAAAAAAAUCUUUCCUAUAAGAUUAAGUUUUACAAAUGUAUUUAGUUUAUUAAUCUGCCAUUCUUUGGAUUUGUCUUGUGUAUCGCAAUUUUGUGCACUGUUUAUUUUUUACCCACUGUAAUGAAAGUAUUUGGCAAUUGUGUUAUAGAUGAAAUAUGUCAUUAUGUCCCUAAAUUGUAUAUAAAAUACAAAAAUACAGCA